AUGUCUUCCGUCUUCUCUCUGCUCGGCCAGGGCCUCAAGCUGAAUUCUCGCGCCGACAUCGAGACGCACCUCGCCGGGGUCGACCCGACAGUGAUCGAGGAGAUCCAUCUCGGAGGGAACACCAUCGGUGUCGAGGCCGCACUGGCCCUCGCGGACUUCCUCGCGAAGACGACUCGUCUCAGGGUCGCGAACUUCGCCGACAUCUUCACCGGCCGCCUGAUCUCGGAGAUCCCGCCCGCGCUCUCCGCCAUCUGCGACGCGCUGAUCGACAAGCCGACGCUCGUCGAGAUCGACCUGAGCGACAACGCGUUCGGCGGGCGCUCCGUCGACCCGCUCGUCCCCUUCCUGUCCUCUGCGCGCUCCCUCCGCGUCCUCAAGCUCAACAACAACGGCCUCGGUCCCGCCGGCGGUACCGUCAUCGCCGACGCGCUACACACGCUCGCGAGCUCGCUCCCCAAGGACACGCGCUCGAACCUCCAAACCGUCAUUUGCGGCCGCAAUCGGCUCGAGGACGGUUCCGCCACCGCGUGGGCGGCGGCGCUGCGCGCGCAUGGGACGCUCCGUGAGGUGCGCAUGCCGCAAAAUGGCAUCCGCAUGGACGGAAUCACCGCAUUGGUUCACGGGCUCGCGGCGAACGAGAGCCUAGACUACCUCGAUCUGCAGGACAACACGUUUGCCGCAGAGGGCGCGAAGACGAUGGCGGCGGAGCUCAACCGCGGUUCGUGGCCGCUGCUCAGGCAGUUGAACCUAUCCGAUUGCGUCCUUGGAGAGGAGGGCGAGGUGUCCCCCGUUGUGGAGGCGCUCGCAAAAGGCCUGCACGGCAAGCUGGAGAUCCUCCAGCUCCAGAACGACAACCUCGAGACCGAGGCGUUCUCUCUGCUCGCGGGCGUCGUCGGCAAGCUCCCGAAGCUGCGCAGAGUGGAGGCGCAAUGGAACGAGGUCGACGAAGAAGAUGAGGGCGUCAUUGCACUGUUGACUGCUCUCAAGCAGCAGGGUGGCAAGCUCGUCCUGAACGAUGAUGACGAAGAAGAGGACGAGGAGGAGGAAGCCGCGGAAGAGGAGGAAAAGGAGAAGGCUCCUGCGCAAGAAGCUACCCCUGCAGUACAACCCGCCGGCACUGUGGUCCCUGCAGCCUCAGAAUCAGGACCCGAGUCUGCCACAGACAGAGCCACCGACGCGCUCGCGGACCUGCUGGGGAAGGUCUCCAUCCACUGA